AUGUCCCAAUCAGAGAAACGCCGGCGCGAGUACAUUGUCAGCCCGGCUAUUCAUGUCACCAAAAUUCCCUCCGAAUUGUCUCCUGAUACAGCUGCUCCCCUUCUUUGUGCCGGGAUCGCUAUGUAUUCUUCGAUCAUGAAGACCAGUUCCAGGCCCGGUGACUGGCUUGUUAUUGUUGGCGCAGGUGGAGGCCUGGGACAUAUGGGCGUACAGAUUGCUGUCAAAAAAGGGCUACGGGUUCUUGCAAUUGAUAAGGGUGAGAAGAAGAGGCAAUUAUGCGUCUCUCUCGGUGCUACGGAGUUUUUGGACUUCUCCGAGGUGGAUGUUGUAGAGGCUGUCAAGGCGUCUACUUCCGGGCUCGGCGCACACGCUGUUAUCUGUACUGCCAACGGUGAACGCGCAUAUGAGCAAAGUAUGCAAAUGCUUCGUCCUCUGGGAACCCUGGUUUGUGUUGGAAUUCCCAAUGUUCCGUUCCGGUUGCCAGCUUCCCCAUUCGACAUGAUUGUCAAAGGUGAAAAUCGCACCCGUUUCGGGCUGAAAAUUGUCGGAAAUUCUGCGGGUACUGCGAGGGAAAUGGAUGAAUUGUUGGCAAUGGCGGUGGCGGGUGAUGUCAAGGCGCACAUAGAGUGCUAUGAGCUGAGCGAUCUUCUUGAUGUCUUAGGGCGUCUCGAACGCUCCGAGAUCGAAGGACGAGUCGUUCUCAGAAUUCCUGAGUGA